UAGCCCAAAAUGAAGCUUCCUGUCACUGAGCGUUAAGGUGCAGGCAGCCUCUUUUCGAUGUGACAUCACUCGCACUCGCUCGACUUGAAACCAGAAGCGAGGUUCAGGGUUUGGGGAACAAGUCCAGGAAGCUGCGGCAACUGAUAAGGCAGAAAACAUAUGAAGCAUAAAACAAGACAACGUUGAGAACUUACUUCUCUCCUAGAGUCGAGUCGAGAAUUGGAGUUAAGCUUCGAUCAGAAGUCGUGGUCGCUGCUGGUCGGUCCCCUCUAGGACUGCGCUGUGUGGUCGUGGCAGGAACACGCCCUGACUCCUGGAUAUGGCAGGUCUCCGUGGUGUCAAGAUCCUGCUGCUCUGGGCUGGAAUCAUCGGUUUGGCCAAAUGUCAAGAAGCCAAUAAAUCAACCAAUGUAACAGCUCAAGUGUCCGAUCAACCAACCAAUGCUACCACCGCCUCAGCUACAACCAACCACACGAAAGGCCCUUCGCCCCUGACCUCACCUGAAGUCAACCCCUCCAACACCACAGUGAAUAACACCAUCCCAGGUCAAAAAGACGAUAAACCACCCGAAGUAACAACCAAUGCUACCACCGCCUCAGCUACAACCAACCACACGAAAGGCCCUUCGCCCCUGACCUCACCUGAAGUCAACCCCUCCAACACCACAGUGAAUAACACCAUCCCAGGUCAAAAAGACGAUAAACCACCCGAAGUAACAACCAAUGCUACCACCGCCUCAGCUACAACCAACGACACGAAAGGCCCUUCGCCCCUGACCUCACCUGAAGUCAACCCCUCCAACACCACAGUGAAUAACACCACCCCAGGUCAAAAAGACGAUAAACCACCCGAAGUAACAACCAAUGCUACCACCGCCUCAGCUACAACCAACCACACGAAAGGCCCUUCGCCCCUGACCUCACCUGAAGUCAACCCCUCCAACACCACCCCAGCCAAAGCUACCACCGCCUCAGCUACAACCAACCACACGAAAGGCCCUUCGCCCCUGACCUCACCUGAAGUCAACCCCUCCAACACCACCCGAGUGCGUCGUAGCACAAUUAAGGGGCCAGAGUCCAAUGCUACCACCGCCUCAGCUACAACCAACCACACGAAAGACUCUUCGUCCCUGACCUCACCUGAAGUCAACCCCUCCAACACCACAGUGAAUAACACCACCCCAGCGCCUAAUACUACAGCUCCCCCGCUAACGUGUAAUUACACUGUAAAACCCAUCAAGUUUGGCCUCCAGAUUGACAUCACAAGCUCGGCAGUUAACCCUGUUCCUACCUCCAUAACGAUUAAUGAAAAAGGGGAAAAUCACACUGAAGCAAUAUUCACGGCUUCUCAUUCCAAUCGAAGUUCAUCCCAUGAAAUCAAACAGCUGAAGCCCUGCACUAAAUAUGAGCUUAACGUAACACUUGACGAUAAAGACAAACCAACGCCCUGCCAACCCAUGACUGUAAAUGAUAACAUGACAGAUCCAAUAAUGAAAGAGGACAUUGAAGAGGCCAACUGCAGCUCUACCAGCAGCAAAUCCGUGUGUUACCGAACUGGAUGGAACAUCAGCUCUUUACAAACGACUCCGGUUAUGAUCCCAGAUCUGCAAUGUGGCAACAACACCGUCUGUUUCAAACCUGGUUCUGAUGACAUUUGCUCUAAUAUGACUUUCACCUUCAGUUUGAAAACCUGCACCAGCACUUCCUUUCAGCUCGACAGAAACAUCACACGCGAUUUUUUUGACGUCAAAAGCAUAAACCAAACUGCUCCAACACAAUUUCCUGUAGAAUUUAAAACAAAAUUACCGCCGAACUGCAACCUCUCCAUUGAUUACACCUGUCGUGAGUUUUACAGAUUCAAUGAGGCUAAUCUGGCGAAUCUGUCUGAGCUGGAGCCUUUCACGGACUACAGCUGUACCGGUCACAUCAAGGACAAAAAUGGCACCGAAUACAACACAGCUGAAGUUGAUGUUAGGAUCGACUGUGAUCUCGAAAUUAAAAACCUCACAAGUUAUAGCACCACCAACACAUCCUCUCAGCUGAAUUGGACCACGACCAGUAACGGAUGUAAAGACGUGCUCAAGAAACUUUCGUACAUCUGCAGCUGUAACUAUCCCUACAAAUCUCAAUUGAUUUUCAAUCAGCCCCAAAGAGGAACCUGCAACAUUACUACUCUGAAGCCAUACACGGACUACACCUGCAAGGUCCAACCCUACUACAACGGACGGAAUGUCAGGAAAGAAGUUUCUGUUGACCUGAAAACUAAGAUUGGAGUACCAGACGAUGCAUCAGGUCUGAUCCUGGUGGUUAAAGACCACAAUACGAUCAGUAUGGAAUGCCGUCCUGGAAAAUCCUCCAAUGGACCUUGGAGAAAAUUCAGAGCACAAGUUGUUUAUGGCAGUAGCAUUGUGGAAACAAAUUUGACAAAUUGUAAAUUUGAAUUCAAGGACCUGAAGUACCUUACGACCUACACAGUGAAGGUGACUGCUUUCAACAGUCUGUAUGAGAGCCACACCAUCACAGAGCAAAUUUCUACUGAAUACAAUGACAAAGCUGUCAUUGGUUUUCUCAUCUUCCUCAUCAUCCUCACGUCUGUGGCUCUGCUGCUGGUCGUCUACAAGAUCUGGGACAUGAGGCGCAGGAAGUCCCAUGACCUGAGUGAGAACCUGAUUCUUAUUUCAACAGCAAAUGAUGAGGAGAACCUGCUGCCCGUCGAGCCCAUUGCAGCAGAGCUGCUGCUGGAAGCCUACAAGAGGAAACUGGCUGAUGAGGCCAGACUCUUCCUCGCUGAGUUUCAGAGCAUCCCCAGAAUUUUCUCCAGGCACUCGGUGAAAGAGGCCAAGAAGUCCUCCAAUGUCCCCAAGAACCGCUACGUGGACAUCUUGCCCUAUGAUUAUAACCGUGUCCAGCUGACCACAGGAAACGGCGAAGCAGGAUGUGACUACAUCAACGCCAGCUUCAUUGAUGGAUACAAGGAAGCCAAGAAGUACAUUGCAGCUCAAGGGCCCAAGGAUGAGACUCUGGGGGACUUCUGGAGGAUGGUCUGGGAGCAGCAGUCAUCUAUUAUCGUCAUGGUAACCCGCUGUGAAGAGGGAAACCGGGUCAAGUGUUCUCAGUACUGGCCGGCUCCAGAUCGGGAGGCCGAGAUCUUUGAGGAGUUUGUGGUGAAGCUGAACUCAGAGGAGAUCUGUCCGGAUUACACCAUCCGCCACCUCAGCCUAACGAACAAGAGGGAGAAGAGCUCAGACAGGGAAGUGACUCACAUCCAGUUCAUGAGCUGGCCCGACCACGGCGUCCCAUCGGAGCCACACCUCCUCCUGAAGCUGAGGCGGCGCGUCAACGCUUUCAAGAACUUCUUCAGCGGCCCCAUCAUCGUCCACUGCAGUGCCGGAGUGGGUAGAACAGGGACUUAUAUCGGCAUUGAUGCCAUGAUGGAGGCUAUGGAGGUGGAGGGCAGAGUGGACAUCUACGGUUACAUGGUCAGACUCCGCAGACAGAGAUGCCUCAUGGUUCAAGUGGAGGCCCAGUACAUCCUGAUUCAUCAGGCUUUGGUGGAGCACAACCAGUUUGGAGAGACUGAGAUCCCACUGUCCGAGGUCCACAGCACACUGAGCCAACUCACAGAGAAAACUUCUGAAAGUGAACCCACCCUGAUGGAGGAGGAGUUUGACAGAGUCCCCACAUUUCAUAAAUGGAGGACGGUCAAUGUGGGGAUCAGUGAGGAGAACAAGGGGAAGAACCGCCCUUCGUCUGUCAUCCCAUAUGACUACAACCGAGUGCUGCUGAAGCUCAAUGAAGGACGCAGUCAUGACAGUGACCCUGAGGAUGAAGAGGAGGAGUCAUCAGAUGAAGAGGAUGAGGAUUCCUGUAGAUACAUCAAUGCCUCCCAUAUUAAUGGAUACUGGGGCCCACGUGCCCUCAUCGCAGCUCAGACUCCACUGCCCGACACCAUGGCUGACUUCUGGUUGAUGGUUUACCAGAAGAAAGUGUCCACUCUUGUCAUGCUCUCAGAGGAGAAUAAGGAGUCUGAGGCUGUGUACUGGGAUAAGGACAAGAGGACAUUUGGGGACUUGGAGGUGGAGGUGGUGAGCACAGACGCCACCCCGACCUUCAUCAGACGCAAUCUGAUGAUCCGCCAUGUCAAGAAGACAGAGAGUCGCUCGGUGAACCAGUUCCAGUUCCUGAAGUGGGUGAACAGGGAGCUGCCGGAGACGCCUCAGUGCCUCGCAGACAUGAUGAAGGAGAUCAAGAAGGGCGGUGGAGGCAGCAAAUCACAGACGACCUUGGUCCACUGCAAUGACGGCUCGUCCCGCUCCGGGGUUUUCUGCGCCCUGUGGAAUCUGCUGGACUGCGCUCACACCGAGAAAGUGAUGGAUGUUUUCCAGGUGGUCAAAACUUUACGCAAGGAGAGACAGAAUAUGAUCUCCAGCCUGGCGCAGUACCAGUUCCUGUAUGACACAGUGCAGAUGGUCUUCCCUGUCCAGAAUGGGGAAGUGAAAGCGGUGCAGGCCUCAGCAGCUGACUCCAUCCAGAUUAUCAGUGAAACCGCAGCAGCCGAGCAGGCAGACAGCGCCGCCAGCAGCCAGCAGCAGGAGGCGGCAGAGAGCACUCACCUGGUGGCUGAGGAAGACAAGGAAGAGGAGCCUGGUAAAGAGUCCCCGCUGAUGGAGGACACCAGCACCGUCCCCCUGGACGUCUGAGGAGCGGUGGCACACGUGGCUGAACCUUUUCCUGAGGAGAUUUGUGCUGCAGCUCAAUGCUUUCUUUUCAGUUUCUCACCAUGAAUGUAUAGAAGCUGUUAAACUCAAUGUGGUUCAGGUUCUGACGUGUUAAAGAAUUUGAUCAAAUGUUUUACUUUUGAUUUACAAAGAGAGAAAAAUAUAAUGUUAGAGUAAGUUAUACAUAUUUUAGUAGCUAAUGUGUAAUGGUGCAAAUGUGAGCAAAGGUUAUAUAUAACGCUGUCAUCAAACUCCAGACUUUGGAUUUACUGUAUAUUGAUAGGUACAAGAAUACAAUUUUUGAAUAUACAAUACAUUGUUUUAUAUCCCACUAUAACAUGCAUUAUCAGCUGAGAGGGUUAGUUUAUGUUUUGGUUUUCUUGCUAAAUAAACAGAUGCUAUGUUUUCUUCAUUUAUACAGAUAUAUAUUUGAUGUAUCUAAAUAAUUAAGUUUAAAAUUUGUAAUGUAACACUGUGAUAUUUGAUUAAAAGAUACUUACAAUAA